CAUCUGAGCACUAUCCGAGUACCAUCGUCGGCACACACAAUGGCAGAUCGCUUCGAAUCCAACAUCGACGCGCUAUCUAAGCUACUCCCCCCACGCCUCCUAGCCCCGCGCGUCGGGAUCGUGUGCGGCUCCGGUCUCAGCACGCUCGCAUCGAGCCUGCGCGAGAUCGUUGAGGUGCCGUACUCUGCAUUGGCAGGCUUCGCGACAAGCACGGUUCCUGGUCAUAAGAGCAUCCUCGCGUUUGGCCUCGUAGGCGAGGGCGAGGGCGUGCCGGUCGUCGCGAUGCUUGGACGUCUUCACCCGUAUGAGGGACACGCGCUAUCGGCGGUUGGCUAUCCCAUCCGACUCAUGGCGCAGCUCGGCGUCAAGGAUAUAAUCAUCACGAAUGCUGCCGGCUCACUCAACCCUUCUCUCGCUGUUGGAACUAUCGUCGUCAUCCACGACCAUAUCGCUCUUCCUAUGAUGACAGGCCUCAACCCCCUCAUCGGCCCCCCCACCUCUCCCUCCCACCUCCGCUUCCUCCCUCUCUCCUCCGCCUAUUCGCGCGCGCUGCGCCUUGCAGCCUUCCGCGCCGCCCACGCCCUACAGCUCGAGCGCACGGCGCUCGCGGAGGGCACUUACGCGUGGGUGAGCGGCCCGACGUACGAGACACCCGCAGAGGGCCGCUUCCUGCGCGCCGCGGGCGCGGACGUCGUGGGUAUGAGCACCGUGCCGGAGGUCAUCGCCGCGCGCGACGAGGGCCUGAACGUGCUCGUGCUGAGCCUGGUCACGAACAAGGUCGUCAUACCCGACGAAUAUAGGAGUAUCAGGGAGGAGGUCGACGCAGAGCUUGCCGGUACGUCGAUCGAGCGCCCGCAAACCCCUACGGUGUCUCACGAAGAGGUGCUCGAGGUCGGCAAGCUCAAGGCGGACGUGAUGAAAAGUCUCGUCGCUCAGAUCAUCGCUACAAUUCCUGCCGCGUAGUCCACAUUCCUCACCGAACUCAGACCAAGUGCACUAGGGAAAGAAAAUCAAAGCGCGCGCGCGAGGACUCUAAAUCAGACGGAAGGAAUAUAUGGAAGCCUGAGAUGCUAUUAGACAGCGGUGGAAUACAGCCUAAUCGACCAUGUAUAUCAUCGUACAGAGAGGAUUAGGAUCCUUUGCUAAACGGUAUAAUGAAAACACUAUGUGGGG